GAGGCACGACUCAUUUCACCACCAGCCUCGACGGGAUCACCAGCAGACCAUGUAGCUCUCCAUCCACGGUCAAGGAAAUCAUGAAGGGCGUGUGCCGCGUGUUGCUGCCGUGGGUGGUGCUGCUCCUGGCGCUGCCUUCUCUUAACCCUAACGCUCAAGACCAAGAUGGCGGAUGGAGUGACUGGUCAGUGUUGAGCUCCGAGUGUACUGAAAAGUGCGGCACGGGACAGUUGCGGAAGGUCAGGUCCUGCACCAAGCCGGCACCACAGGGGAAUGGGAAACUCUGCACCAAGGAAGACAUGAGUCUAGGGGAGGUGGAGUUCAAACUCCUCACUUGCAACACUUUCAGCUGCUGGGAUGACCAGUGGAGUGACUGGAGCAACUGUUCCACCACCUGCGGCGAGGGCAAGGAGAUGCGGUACUCUGUGUGUAACGGAACUCAGGCGUGUGAGAAUGACCAGUAUCAAGAGGAAACAAGGUACUGCAACACCUGGAACAAGACCAUAUGUCCCAGUCCGUGUGAAAACAUGACGUGCCCGGAAUACGGCAUAUGUCGGGACGAGUCAACGGAAAAGAAGCCUAAGGCGACGUGUGUGUGCACCAUGGGCUUCAUUAUGAACGACGCCAAGGACAAGUGCGUCCGUCCCCCGCCGCCCUCCCCGACGCCCCGCCCCAUCCCAACACUGCCGGCUGAACAGAAGGUGGUGGCAACGGUAAUCUCCAAAUCAGCCUCCACCAUCCUCAUCAUCUGUGUCUCCAUCUGUCUCAUCAUCUUCCUCGUGUUACGGAUCUUCACGCCAGACCGAGUGAUUCAGAUGAACAUGGAGAUAGCGCUUGUUUUGGCUCACAUUAUGCUCAUGUUCCCACCGUCCUUCACUGAGAUCCCGGAUGUGUGCCGAGUGAUCUCUAUCUUCAUCCACUUUUUCUUCACGGCGUGCUUCAUGUUCAUGUUCCUGGAGGCGCUGCACAUGUACGGCUAUGUUGCCUACGUGGUGAAGCAGGACGGCAUGUGCUCCAGGGUGCAGAACACGCUGGUGGGCUGGGGUGUAGCCACGAUCAUCCUGCUCUUCAGUAUAUGUUUCGAGUAUGAAAACUACGGUGGCGAGUAUCACUGCUGGCUCCAGAUUGACACCCCGCUCUUCUAUGCUCAGCUCAUUCCCAUCGUCUCGCUGGUGGUUCUUACCUUCACUCUUAUUGAGGCUGCGGGGUCGGCUGACUACAAGCCCCUUAAAGGCAUCGACAAGAGCCAGAGAACGAGCGCCAAGUUCUCGCAGCGCACUAACCUGGUGGUGAUGCCCCUGGUGUUCUGUCACAUGCUGGUGGGGAUGUUCUCAGAGUACGAGCAGAACCUCCCGCUGUACGGCAUCUUCACCAUCUUGAACAGCGUGUCGGGCGUGGCGGUGCUCUUCCUCCACUGCUUCAAUAACCAGAAGGUGCGUCAGAAAAUGGUCGGGAUGUACAAGUCAAUGUGCAAGGGCGGCGGGGCACACUAGCACACCACCACAUCAGCACCACAUCACACCACCACCUCUCGCCCUGCCGCCUCGCCUCACCAAGCCAUGCCAGACAAACCGUGGCUCACCAGAGAAAGCUGUUCUUUGCGUUGCUUUAUGUGGUUCGUAGAGAUGUGAGUACGAAUGCCGCUACAGCGUUAUCGUAGUGACUGUAGAGGUGUAGAGGACUAACUAACAAGCUAACACACACCGCCGUGCCGCGACCAUACUCCUGCUGACCGACAAGUAUUAGCCAUUAUAACAGGAAGCUUUGUUGAUUAUGAUGGUUAUGCUUAUUUAGAGUGUUGAUACUUAUGGUUUUCUUCACCAUUACUAGAUCACUGAAAGUUCAUCAGUCAUGUCUCUUCUAAGUACUAAGUAAGACAGUUUCCUCCUUGAAAUAAGUCAAAAGUUUUUUAAUUAUAUCGUUUUACAUCAGAAAACGUGUUGAUUUAAUUAUUAGCGCUAUGUUCCGUUUGACAAAUUUCUUUGAUAUUGUUCUCAAUGUAAAAGUGCUUAUCUAUUUGAGUGAAUGUCAAGAUUUCAACGUGAUUAUUGUUAAUUAUAGCUUUGUGAAAUUUAUUUUAGAUACCGCUGCAAAAGUCGUUUUCUACCUUUAAAGUACAUUUUCUUUAUAAUUUCUUUCCUUAACUCGUGUGUAUUUUGAGAAGUGGUAGCGUCUACUAUUACUAACAAGUGUAUAUAGUAUUUAUUAGAAUGCUUAUAUUAUAGAUAAGUAGUGGGAAUAACAAAAGAAAUAUGACCAAUGGUAGAGAGUAGUAGACCUGUAGUAAACUAGUAAUAGUAGAUCAAAUGAAUUAUAAACGCAAUCGAAAGUACCAACUGAUUAUAAUGUAUCAUAUAGAAUUAAUAUAUCAUCAGUAUUGUUAUGUGAGUGUGUCAGAGUGUCAGUGUGGGACGAGCGGCCACACUCACUUCACUGCUGAGGGUUGAGUGACGUGGUGACGCGUGACCAGGUUCUCACUCCUCACGCCUCAGUGUUGGGUGGGUCCCUCAGAGCACCGCUUAGUGUGUUGGCACAGUGUGGUGCUGCACCCCGGUAUUGUUUGGUUCAGACCUUAUGAUGGUAGAUAACGCCAAUGGUGCCUUACUGUAGAGAGAGAGAGAGAGAGAGAGAGAGAGAGAGAGAGAGAGAGAGAGAGAGAUAGUGUGUUUGUGUGUUGCUUUAUUUUCAGUUACUUGACCAACCUGAGCACCUUGGAUGUUUAAUGAUGCGAGUAUUUCAUUGACUGAGAUGAAACGUGCAAUAUAUUUGUGUAAAAUGUAUAGUGUCCUUCACGUUUGUUUUGAGGUAUAACUUGUGAUAGUAUAUUUAAGAAUGUCAAUUGAUAUGAUACGUUUGCAGUAAAUAUUCAUUGCACCA